AUGCUGUAUCUGGAUCAGCCAGUCCAAGUUGGCAUGAGCUACGACAAGCUGACAAACAUCACUACCAACAUGGAUACUGGCGCUGUCAAGGUGGCCAACUUUUCCAGUGCAGUACCUGCUCAGAAUGCUUCCUUCUACGUCGGCACAUACCCAAGCCAGGAUGCCAAUCUCACCACCAAAGCCACGGAAUCAUACGGUGGUCGGUACGGACCGGCAUUCUCCGCUUACUUCCAGGAGCAAAACGAACGCAUCCUCAAUGGCACGUGGACCGAGGCAGGACAGACUCACCUCCUGCAUCUCGAUACCCUAUUGAUCAUCAAUGGUUGCAUCGAUCGCUACGUUCAAUGGCCGGCGUACCCCAAGAUGAUGUAUAACAACACAUACGGUAUCAAGGCUGUCAAUGAAUCUCGAUACGAAGGUGUGAUUGAUGACCUUUACCGCGAGGGCGGGUGUCUCGACCAAAUCGAAGAAUGCCGAAACCUCAGUCUUGCAUACGAUCCAACCAACCAAGGCUUCAAUAGUUCAGUCAACAAAGUUUGCGAAGCAGCAGAGACCUUUUGCAGUGAAAACGUUCGCGACCCCUACUUUGACACGGACCUGAACUACUACGACAUCAGUGUGCCCGGCGCAGCAUCUUUCCCUCCGCCAUGGUAUCAGGGUUGGCUGAACCAGCCUCAUGUGCAACAAGGACUGGGUGUUCCUCUGAACUGGACGCAGUCUAAUGGCGCAUCCUCUCGAGCUUUCCGAAGCAUUGGUGACUACCCACGACCAGGUUGGAAAGAGGAUCUGGCAUAUCUGCUGGAAGAGGGAAUCAAAGUCACGCUCGUCUACGGUGAUCGAGACUACGCUUGUAAUUGGUACUCCGGGGAGCUGCUGUCUCUCGCUAUCCCAUAUGAGAACGCGACCUCCUUCGCAUCGGCUGGGUACCAAGAUCUCAUCGUGAAUGAUACUUAUGUCGGUGGUCAAGUACGUCAAUACGGCAACCUCUCCUUCACUCGUGUGUAUGAAGCAGGCCACGAAGUGCCAGCCUACCAACCCGAAACCGCAUUCAAGAUCUUCACUCGCGCACUUUUCAAUUACGAUAUCGCUACUGGGAAUGUUUCGACAGCCUCAAACCCCACCUAUGGUACCAAAGGUCCAAGUGACGUCUCUGGUAUCAAGAACGAGCCUGUUAUGGACCCUGGCUCGCAAUGUUACGUCCUCGAUCAGGGCCAGUGCACAGCGGCGCAGUGGGAAACUGUGAUGAACGGAACGGCUCUGAUCAAGAACUGGAUUGUGGUAGAUUCGAACUCGAGCUACUUGUUCCCCGAACUGAUGGGCAAUGGUACGAGUCCAGCCAACAGUACUCCGACAGGUGGCAAGCCUUCACAGUACACUGGUGCUGCAAGCUCAUUUAGCGCUCUUGGGAGCGCAGUGCUGGCAGCGGUCAUCUGCGGUCUCGUCAUGGCGUGGUAA